AUGUCGCUCAAAAUUGGCUUGAGGCGGAUGGCGGCAUUAUCUCUCAACAAACAAACGCCAUCGGUGGAGAUAGCCAGAGACGAUUACCUCUCUAUUGCGAAGCACGUGAUCGCCGCCGACGACAACCAAACCAAAAACGUUGUCGUUUCACCGGUCUCCAUCCACACCGCGCUAUGUCAGCUCGCCUUCGCGUCGAGCGGCUCCAUAUGCGCCCAACUCCUAACGUAUCUCCAAUCAGAGCGCGUGGAGCACCUCGAGCCCUUCUACAAGCACCUUCUCUUCAAGAUUCUCGCCAAUGGCAGCCACCUCGGUGGGCCCCACUUGUCGAUCAAGGGCGGCGUCUGGCCCGAUUGGGGCCACACGCUCAACCCCGCCUUUCAAAACAGUGUCCUGUGCCACGUGCCAAGAAUGGUCUUCGCAGACGCAGUUUGUUUCAAAGGAACAUGGAGUGAAGAAUUCGACGCAAGCCUAACAAGAAAUGCUGGGUUUCACCUCUUAAACGGCACCGCAAUUUUCGCCCCCUUCAUGACCAGCCAGUACAGGCAGCGCAUUGGCACGUUCGACGGCUUCAAAGUGUUGAAGCUACCUUACGUUGCGGGCGUCGACAAGCGAAGAUUCUCCAUGUACAUCUACCUUCCGGAUGCCAAAGACGGGUUGCCAUAUUUGAUUGAGAGAAUCUGCUGCGAGCUCGGGUUUGUAGACAGCCAUCUCCCUCACGAGGAGGCAAUGGUUCUUGAUGAAUUCCGCAUACCCAAGUUUAAGAUAGGUUUCGAGUUGGAGGCUUCUACGGUGUUGAAGGAGAUGGGAGUGGUGGAUCUUUUUGAGGGCGGUAUGGCUGAGAUUGUGGACGAAUGUUUGGUUGGCGAGGUACUGCUUAGGGCGCUUGUGGUGGUGGACGAGGUGGGCACCGAGGCUGAGGGAGAGACAGUGUCUGCGGGCAUAGGUUUGGCCUGUGCGGUGAUGGAUAAGAGGCCGGGGCUGAGAUUCGUGGCGAACCAUCCUUUCGUCUUCACCAUUAGAGAGGAUAUGAGUAGGGUAGUACUCUUCAUUGGUCAGUUGCUUGAUCCUCUUGCUGAAGCAUCAUUUGGUAUCUUUCGAAACCCAGAUAGGAUUUAG